AAUCCCUUGAUUUUAUCAAUUAUUGUAAUCUUUUGUAAUUUCUGUCAUGAACUCAACUACCCAAAUAAAGAAUCCUAAUAAAGGAAUUUCUAUUAAUUGUAGAAUGAGUCAAGAAACCGCACACGGACAAGGCAACAAUGAACACGUAAGUGUUCACACUGAAGCAUCUAGCUUCACCCCUCCUAUCCAAAACGAGCCUAUCAACCUAGAGGAUGUUCCUCAGAACAAUGCGAAUGCUGGUGGUCAACCUGACUACGCAAUUCCUGUUUUCUUGGCAAACUUGCUUCAACAAGUGGCCAAUGCUCCAAUGUUUCAACCACCACCACCGCCGCCACCGCGUGUAAUCACUUUCAAAUUUCUGAAAGAUAAUGGAGCAGAAGAGUUUCUGGGCGAUCGAAUCGCCGAACCUCAAAUUGCUUGGAAUUGGAUUGAACAGACUGCCCGAGUGUUGAGAGAUCUGAACACUGCCCGAGUGUUGAGAGAUCUGAACGUACCGCUUAACGACCACCCGAGACUCGCAUCACAAUUACUUCGUGGGGAAGCCUACGAAUGGUGGAAACGCACCGUUGAAAGUAACGAAACCCCGAAGCCAUGGACGUGGGAGUUCUUCGAUUGGGCUUUCAAGAAAGAGUAUAUCCCAGCACGUUUCCGUGAAGCGAAACGUACCGAAUUUGUUGAGUUGCAACAAGGGGAGAUGACCCUUCCCGAAUAUCGCCAAAAGUUUGUCAGUCUUGCCAAAUUUGCACCAACGUUGGUAAGCACCACAACUGACCGUAUUGAGGAGUUCAGAUCAAAACUCCGACCUGAUCUCAGGGCUCAAGUAUCUGUCAUACCAACGGUAGACUUCACGGAAGCCUAUGAUCUGAUUGCUAAAGCAGACAAGGAUCUGAAUGCUUGUAAGGAGUACUUGAAGAAAGAAGGUGCUAGCACAAGUGAACGUCGACCUACAAAUUCUGUCUCGAGUGGGAAAAGACCAUUUCAAGGACCCAGCAGCUCACACUUCUCCAAGAAGGGGAAAUCUGUACAAACCCAAUCAGUGGCAUCUGGCAACAGGUCAAAGGGAUGGAAAAACCCAGCAUGUAAAAUGUGUGGGAGACACCAUCCUGGGGAAUGUUGGCUUGCUCAAGGACUAUGUCUCGGUUGUGGAAAGCCGGGGCAUUUCCGAAAGAACUGUCCCACAAAUCCUGGAGAGCCAUUUCCACCUGCUCCUGUCGCCAGUCACGCAGCAUCGGCACGUCCCGCUCCAAGUCAACGCUCUACAGCAGGAUCUAAUCCUGCUAAAAAUCAAAAUCAACAGCAAGGACGAGCGCCUGUCCGCACCUAUGCAAUGAAAGGACGUACUGAAGAGAACCCUGAUGUCAUCCAGGGUAUGUUCUCAUUAUUCGAUACAACCAUGCAUGUGUUGAUAGAUCCUGGAUCGACAUUAUCUUACAUCUGUGUACCUAUGCCUGACAAAGCGGACAUAUUGAAAGAAAACUUAGAACACCCUAUACUAGUAUCUAACCCACUAGGACAUAGUAUGAGGUUACAUCAUGUAUACCAAGAUUGUCCGCUGAUUGUCGAAGGACAACAACUCCUUGCAAAUCUUGUUGAAUUACCGUACAAGGAAUUCGAUGUCAUCCUUGGUAUGGAUUGGCUUACUGAACAUCAAGCUGUUAUCGAUUGCCGACAACGGGUGAUACAACUGAAAAACAAUGAUGGAAAGACCAUUGAAGUGAAAGAAAAGCUGACACCCAAACCUACUGAAUUCAUCUCGUAUAUACAUGCUAGGCGCCUCAUCCGCAAGAAAUGUGAAGCCUAUUUAUGUAAUGUACGAGACACAUCAAAAGAAACUCCUGGAUUGAAGGACAUACCAAUGGUGUGUAACUUUCCUGAUGUAUUUCCUGAUGAACUUCCUGGUAUACCAUCUUCCAGAGAAGUAGAAUUUUCCAUCGAUCUUGUUCCUGGAACGGGACCGAUAUCAGCAACUCCCUAUCGUCGUGCUGAUGCUGAUUGGCUGACAACUGGGGCUGUCGGAAAUGGUUUGCCAGGAUUAGUGGGGCAACCCCUUCGAAAAUGUCCAGCCAACGCACCAAUGUUUCAACCACCUCCACCACCGCCACCUCGAGUGAUAACCUACAAAACGCUAAGAGAUAACGGUGCAGAAUUAUUCCUUGGGGAUCGCAUCGGUGAACCCCAGAUUGCGUGGGACUGGAUCGAGCAGACUGCUCGAGUGUUGGCGGAUCUUAACGUACCCAUUGGCAACUAUCCCCGACUGGCGUCUCAGCUGCUUCGCAAGGAAGCCUACGAGUGGUGGAAGAGGACUGAUGAGAGUGCAGGAACCCCUAAGCCAUGGACAUGGACACAUUUCGAAUGGGCAUUCAAACAAGAAUAUAUUCCAAAACGUUUUAGUGAAGAAAAACGUAAGGAAUUUGUCGAUUUGCAACAGGGAGACAUGACACUCCUUGAGUAUCGUCAGAAAUUUACCAUACUUGCUAAGUUUGCACCAACCUUGACCCUGGAUCAACGUUAUCUUAUAUCUGCGUGCCUAUGCCUGACAAGGCUGACGUAAUGAAAGAAAACUUAGAACAACCU